GUUCAGAUGGGACGGGAAGCGCUCUGGAACGAAGAGGUAACCAGCUGUAAGUUACAACGGAACAGAAUACAAAUGCCCAUUUGGGAUACAUCAUUUUUUAUACGGAACUGACACCGAAAACUCGUUGUAGUGCCCUUUUGCCACGUGUCAAGUCGUUUGGCGGAUCUAUCUAUCUAUAUUUUUUUAUACGGUGUGUGUGGCCUUGACCAGAUUCAGCCCUGUGGGCCAUAGGAGACCAGGCGUGGAGAGCGGGCCCGGGGCCUGGCCGCCACCAGAGAGCCCCCCCAUGUCUUAAUGGCCUCCGCCUUCUCCUCAACACGCUGUCCCCUCAGCCCCUCUCCCCCUCCCCCUCCCCCUCGCUCCCAGUGGAGACCCCACUACCUGGUGGGGAGAUGAGUCUGCAGCAGCUGAGAGGGUCGGAGAAGGACCUCCACUCUGCCACCUCCUCUACCAGCCUGCCCUCCGUCAAGAAGACCCCCAAGAAAAGACGCCUGUCGCUUCGCUCGUUUUUCAGCCGGCGUCGCCGCGGUGACCCCAAGAGGAAGUCCCGGGCUCUACCGGGCGGCGUGGACGGGAUCGCCAGUGUGGAGAGCAUCCACUCAGAGAUGUGUCACGGCGAUAAGACCUCAGCGCUCUCCGCCCCUGGCGUGGCGUCCACCACCUCUUCCUCAUCUUCGACCUCUUCCUCUGAGCUCCUGGAGUGUCCUCUCUGUCUCCUCCGCCACACCAGAGACCGUUUCCCCGACAUCAUGACCUGCCACCAUCGCUCAUGUGCUGACUGCCUGCGCCAGUACCUGCGGAUAGAGAUCAGCGAGUCCCGGGUCAACAUCAGCUGUCCAGAGUGCUCGGAGCGCUUCAACCCGCACGACAUCCGCAUCAUCCUGGGAGACCCGCCCCUCAUGGAGAAGUACGAGGAGUUCAUGCUGAGGCGCUGGCUGGUGGCCGACCCUGACUGCCGCUGGUGCCCCGCCCCCGACUGUGGGUAUGCUGUGAUAGCGUUUGGCUGUGCCAGCUGUCCUAAGAUCACGUGUGGCCGUCAGGGCUGCGCCACUGAGUUCUGCUACCACUGCAAGCAGCUGUGGCAUCCCAACCAGACGUGUGACGCGGCGCGGCAGCAGAGAGCCCAUAGCCUGAGGCUGCGCACCUUCCGCUCCUCCUCCCUCAGCUACAGCCAGGAGAGUGGAGCAGCAGCUGACGACAUCAAGCCGUGUCCGCGCUGUGCUGCUUACAUCAUCAAAAUGAACGAUGGAAGCUGUAAUCACAUGACCUGUGCCGUGUGUGGCUGUGAAUUCUGCUGGCUCUGCAUGAAGGAGAUCUCUGACCUCCACUACCUGAGUCCCUCAGGCUGCACCUUCUGGGGUAAGAAGCCGUGGAGCAGGAAGAAGAAGAUCCUGUGGCAGCUGGGUACACUGGUGGGCGCUCCAGUGGGCAUCGCUCUGAUCGCUGGCAUCGCCGUCCCUGCCAUGAUCAUCGGUAUCCCUGUCUAUGUGGGGCGGAAGAUACACAACCGCUAUGAAGGAAAAGACAUCUCCAAGCACAAGAGGAACUUGGUAAUAGCAGGGGGAGUGACAUUGUCAGUCAUUGUCUCUCCAGUGGUAGCAGCAGUCACUGUUGGUAUUGGUGUUCCCAUCAUGUUGGCGUAUGUCUAUGGGGUGGUGCCCAUCUCUUUAUGUCGUAGUGGAGGGUGUGGUGUCUCCGCUGGCAACGGGAAAGGAGUCCGCAUCGAGUUUGAUGAUGAGAAUGAGAUGAACGUAGGGAGUGGAGCUGCUGCAACUGACACCACCUCCGUGGCCGAGACCCGAAACAACCCCAGCCUCGGGGAGGGCAGUCUGAGUGCCAGCGGGAGUCACAUGGACCGCUUGGGGGCAACGAGGGACAACCUCAGUGAGAACGCCUCCACCAUGGCCCUGGCUGGAGCCAGCAUCACUGGCUCUCUAUCCGGCAGUGCCAUGGUCAACUGUUACAACAGGCUGGAGGUGCAGGCUGAUGUCCAGAAGGAGAGAUGUAGUCUGAGUGGAGAGUCGGCCACCGUCAGCUUGGGGACGAUCAGCGAUAACGGCAGUACCAAAGCAAUGGCCGGGUCCAUUCUGAACUACAGGCCUCUGGACAGGGAGGGCAGUCUGGAGGUGACUGUGGACGUGGAGGGGAAGCAAGAGAAGAAACUGCGUCACCACAGCAACAGCAGCAGCCUGGAAGAGGGCAGCAGUGGGGGGCGAGGGGUGGGGGUGUGUUCCUCUGGCUGCCCCCAUGAGUCUAUUUCCUGCUCCUCCAAGUGGGCCAAGGACCCCUCCAGCUGCUCCUCGGGGGGCAAGAAGAGCAAGACUAAGUUGCGGAGCAGGAAGACCAGCGGCGGAGCCCAGAUCAACCAGAGACGGGAGGAACUGGACGUCCAGCUGUUGGAGCAGCGCAGCACCAACUCCUCCGAGUUUGACUCCCCCUCCCUCAGCGGCUCCCUGCCCUCCGUAGCUGACUCCCACUGCAGUCACUUCUCAGAGUUCAGCUGCUCCGACCCCGAGACCUCCAGACCACCUCCUCUAAACCCCUGCUGCAUGGACCUCCCCUCCCAACGACCCCUCCCCUCCCUGGGCUCCGAUGUCACAGUCACCCCCCUUCCGGAGGUGGAGAACGACCGGCUGGAGUACUGUCCGGCAGCUGCCUGCUCCUUGGCCUCCGGAUCUCCAGAGGGAGGCGCUGGGUUAGGAGGAGCAGGAUGUGCCUUGCUCUACAUAGCGGAGGAGAGUGUGGGUCUGAUGAGAGCAACACUGGAGGAGCAGGACUUCCUGGCAGAGGAGGACCUGAAGGAGACCAAGAACAAAGAUACGGACGGUGUCAUUGCCUCACCCCCCCAACCUCACUGCCCUGUGACGGGGGCCUGCAUUCAGACGGACAUAUAAACUCUGCUGGCUGGCUGGCUGGCUGGCUACAGGACUCCUGUUACUACAAAUGAUCUGGCCUAAUGUUUUUGAAAACUUCUUAAAGCUAAAGAUCCACUUUUUUCCCAGGUGCACGCUUUAAGAAGGAGCUGGGAGGAGGGUCAGGGGGAGGGGCUGAGGAAGGGGAGGGGCUGAGAGGAGCAGAAGGGGGAGGGGCUGAGAGAUGUCUCUCUAUUGGUGGGGUCUAAUGAUUGCUUCCAUAUUAGAAGUCAGACAGCUGAAUAAAUGAGACAGAUGGCCCAGGUAAGUUAGAAAGGAUGAAUCCAGCAGACAGCCCAGGUAGGUUACAUUGAGCCAGGGAAAAUCUCAUGUUCUACUCAUUAAAGGGGUUUUGUCAGUUAAGGGUUUUGGUCAGUGAUAGGAACACUAAAUUGAGUUAUCCAUAAGAACCAGAAGUUGUAUGGCAGGCUCUGUUUGUGGAAAGAGUAGUAAGCAGACAUCCAGUCAAGCAUCCACUUAUGUAACAGUUGCUGUGAUGGCCUGGUCACUAGAUAUUCACUGGUGUCUCGACCAAGAAAUCACAUGUGGAUCUGACCAGGACACCUGGAGGAAUCUGGCGAUGUAGUGCCCUGUUGCUGGAUGCCCUCUGAAUGGCCAGGGGUUUCAACCGUUACCCUAUAUGGUCUGGAGCCUUUGGCUUUUCUGUUGCAUCAUUAGUGUCACCCAGCAGGUGUUCAGGUCUGAAUCGUGGUGAGAGAAGAAAAAUAAAAAUAGUUAAUCAACAUUGGAACGAACUUGGAGAUCCAGAGUUGUUUGUGUAAUUCCAUCUAUGAAUGCUGAUAAACCACUGUGCCUCUGACACAGUCUCUGCCAGCCAGGCUACCAGCCAGGCUGCCAGCCAGGGGCUCCACCCCCUAAUGGGUGUUAAUCAUCUCUUCCAAUGCCUGUCAAUAACAAAAACAUCUAAGAGGGACCAGUCACUAAUUCAUUUUUUCCCCCAUGACAAUUAUUUUAAACAUGAUUAUUACCUUGCUAAUGUUUGUUUUUUGUUCUAUGGUUUUUGUAUUUCAUUUUCCAUGUUGGGAAGUGUUGUAAUAAUAUUGAUUGUGUUGUUGACCGGCGAGGAACACAGCGCUUUUCUGGCCAAAUCAACAUACAGUUUGCAAAGUUAGCUAUACUGGAGUUAUUACAAAACAUGUCAAGCUUUGAGCUAACAUUCAAUAUGAUUAAAAUGUGAGUGGCCAUGUUUGCAGAUGGGAACAAAGUGGUUAACUCUCCCUUUCAGUUCUGCUAUAA